AUGUAUCAGAACGACAUUAAAACUUUACUACUCCUUUUAGGUGCUCCAAGUAUUCGCCAGAUCAGUGUCUUAAAUGACAAACGUUACGUGUUGGCCAAAGACACUGAAAACAACAUCAGCUUGUGGGACGUACUGCGAGCAAGGAAAGUCGAGGAUUAUGGAGCGGUAAAUUUUGAGCAGAAGGUGAAGGAGUCAUUCAAAAUGCUGUUCGUGCCGAACUGGUUUACGGUGGAUUUGAAAACGGGUAUGCUGCAGAUCACCUUGGACGAAAGCGACUGCUUCUCAGCAUGGGUGUCGGCGAAAGAUGCAGGACUGGGAAAUGCAGCCAGCGACGUGAAACGCGUUAUUGGAACACUGGCCCAGGGCGCACGCGUUGGAGAAACAACCAGUUUACUUGCGAUCUUCUAUUGUAGUGAAUCGAACGGUCGCACGCUGUAUCGCGUCGCCUGUCGCGACCUCUCAGGCGAAAACGAAAGCGCUUUCUUGAAUGACACGGUUCCGCAUUGGGUUGUCGAUAUCGUAGUCAACAAGGCGAUGCCGAAGUACAACAAAAUACAGUUUCUGCUGCUCCCGCAUCCGAACCUCAAUCUGAAAAUUUAUAAGAAGGAUCGUCUUUCUGCUUCAGACAUGUUACUCGUCCGAAAACUUAUGGAGCAUGUCUAUGAAAAGAUUCUUUUUGCUAACCUCAACGAAGUCACUGGGCAGGGAGGAAAUGGCGUUAUUCCAAAUCCUCAGCUUCCAUCUGUCCUGCCACCAAAUAUUGAGGCGAAAAUUCAACUUUACUGUCAAGACCAGCUUCUUGAUCCCAGCAUGGAUUUGCGUACCGUAAAGCAUUUCAUUUGGAAACAAGGCGGUGAUUUGAUUCUUUUCUACAAGCCGUCUUAUGAUUUCAUCUACUUGCACCAGCUUCAGCUGAAUUUCGUAAACAGCUUCCGAAAAUCAGAAAUUGUCGCAAGAGUUAUGCGCCUGUUGGUGUAUCAACGUUAGUU